UCCCUUGGGCCCUUGUCACCGCCUAGAUGCCCCUUUUCCUCGUCAUUGCCUCGACGGCGCCUCUCUUUUCCAUCUCGUUUUCUUCCCUCCGCCUCUGGAUUAGUCGACUGCUGCUGUCAAAGGAGUAAACCGACCCGACUUCACCUGAUUGCUUCCUCCCUUCACAGAACCUGCCGCACGGCCGUUGGAGAAGAUGUCUGGCGCCGCCGCCAUGGACGCCAUAAAGAAUGCGACCCUCGCAUCGGGAAUUCUGAACGGGACUACCGAUUACUUCUCCGUCUACGAGGAGGUCACCAAGAACUAUGUUGCUCUCAGUGCCGUCGAGCGCCUCUGGGCGGCAUGGUAUCUCUGGAUGCAGAACGACACGCUGGCGACGGGCAUCAUGAGCUUUGUGAUGCACGAGGUCGUCUACUUCGGCCGCUCGCUCCCCUGGAUCUUUGUCGACGCGAUCCCCUACUUCAACCGCUGGAAGAUCCAGAACCAGAAGGUGCCCACAGCGAAGGAGCAGUGGGACUGCACCAUGUUGGUCCUGUUUGGCCACUUCACCGUCGAGCUGCCCCAGAUCUGGGUCUUCCACCCCCUCGCGACCUACUUCGGCCUCGAAUACGGCGUCCCCUUCCCCUCGGUCUGGACCAUGGCCAUGCAGAUCGCAAUCUUCUUCGUCAUCGAGGACGCAUGGCACUACUGGUUCCACAGGGCGCUGCACUACGGGCCCCUGUACAAGAACAUCCACAAGCUGCACCACACCUACUCCGCGCCCUUUGGUCUCGCCGCCGAAUACGCAUCUCCUAUCGAGACGAUGCUCCUCGGAUUCGGAGUCGUCGGAACGCCCAUAAUCUGGGUUUCCAUCACCGGUGACCUUCACCUCUUUACCAUGUACAUGUGGAUCGUGUUCCGUCUGUUCCAGGCCAUCGACGCUCACAGCGGAUACGACUUCCCAUGGAGUCUGCGCAAGAUCCUUCCAUUCUGGGCCGGCGCCGACCACCACGAUCUGCACCACGAGCGCUUUAUCGGCAACUACGCCUCGAGCUUCAGGUGGUGGGAUUACGCCCUCGACACCGAGGCCGGCGAGGAUGCCGUGCGGGCGAGGCGUGAGAAGAAGCUGGCGAAGCUCAAGGCCAAGAAGGCCCAAUAAACUGGCUUCAUUCCUGGCAGGGCAUACUGGGUUCAGCACCACCCUUAUGUUUUGAGUUUUUUUUCCAUACGAACAUACCUCAAGUCACGAUCUAAUGAGGAAGAGAAGUGUUUGAAAAUUAUGGCAGGGAGUCUGCCUGUUUGACAGCUCCUCCCCCUUGUUGUGGUUCCAUAGAAGGUCCGGUUGGUUGGAUGAUGGAGGCGUACGGUGGUCUCCGCGAGGAGGUCAAAUCCAUUCAAAGUGCAUAAUUGGCCACCUCGGCGGCCUCGGUAUGGCCGAGAUUAAUAAGAAUCUUAUAAUACAGACCAGAAGAGACACCUAUCUUACGAUGA